GCAGUGAGUUAAGGAAAACUGGCCGAGAUAAAAUUAGUAUUUUCUGCUAAACCGAACAGUAGUCAAUAUUCCUGCAUAUGGGAUUUCUAUUGAAUAUUGCGAAACUUUGAACUUGUGUCACUGACCAAGUACUUCAAACAUUAAAGUAUGGUGUUUCCUUCAAACAAUGAUGCUGCUAAAGAAGUUAAAGAGACUUCAACAAAUGUACCAGCCCAUCUUUCGGAUGUUGGGGCUUUGGCAAAGACACCGAAAAUGAAGUUUGAUGUGCUGAAAACAUUGAUAAAAGCAGUGGAAGUGUCAGACAGAGAUAUUGUGGAUACCAUCUUUAACUUGCUGGUUGGUGGAGAUUUUGAUUUGGAGGUGAACUUUAUUAUUCAAGAUGAGAACUGCAUUUUGUAUAUGUUGGAUGUGAUGCAGUUAUGUUCUGUGCAAUGCCAAGCUGAAAUUUGGAGCAAAUUUAAAGGUAUCUGUCGUAAAUCAUACCGUAAUCUUCAAGCUUGUGUGGAAGUUGGUUUGUUGCAAAAACUACUCUAUGUCCUUCACGAAGCAAAUGAAGUUGUCUCAGAGUUAUUAGUAGACAUGCUGUGUCUUCUUGCAAGCUACAACAUUUCUGUGAAAGAACUCAAGAAAUUGCUGAGUUUGUUGAAAGCUGAAGGGGAGGAAUGGCCACCGCAUGCUGUAAAAUUGCUCGGUGUUCUUCAAGCAACCACAGAAAGACAUGGACCCGAUUGCUUCUUCAGCUUUCCAGGCAAGCACAACGCAGCUAUUGCCCUACCACCCCUCAAAGCUUGGCCCUAUACAAACGGUUUCACUUUUACCACUUGGUUCAGAAUGGAUCCACUGAACAGUCUGAGAUUAGAUGUGGAUAAGCCAUAUUUAUACUGUUUUCGGAACAGCAAAGGUCUUGGAUAUUCGGGUCACUUUGUUGGUAAUUGUUUUAUAGUAACAGUACUGAAGAGCAAAGCAAAAGGCUUCCAACACUGCCUGAAGUUUGAGUUCAAACCAAGAAAAUGGUACAUGGUUACAGUGGUUCACAUAUACAACCGGUGGCGAUCAAGUGAAUUAAAAUGUUAUGCAAAUGGUCAGUUGGUAUCCCACAGUGAGAUGAACUGGUCCAUUGGAGGCAGCGAUCAAUAUGAUAAAUGUUUCCUUGGGUCUGCUGAGACUGGUGAUGAUGCUCGAGUCUUCUGUGGUCAGAUUGCAGCCACCUAUGUAUUCAGUGAAGCACUCAAUGCCUCACAAGUAUAUGCUCUCUACCAGCUAGGUCCUAGUUACAAGAAUCAGUUUAAGUUUUCAACGGAAAGUGACCACUUGCUUGCCAACCAUCAUCGCAAGGUGUUGUAUGAAGAUGGAAAGCUCGCUGACUCCCUCGUGCUGGCAUACAACCCAAAAUCAACUGACGGCCAACUCUGUCUGGAGUGCUCACCAAAGUUAUCGAAUCGUGACAGUGCCAGUGAUGCGCAACGUUGGUUUGUGCAUAAUCCACAUGCACUAAUGCUGCCAGAUGUGAAAGCAGUUGUGACUCACUCCAUACACAGUGCUCUCCACUCUGUGGGAGGAGCUGAAGUUCUUUUUCCACUUUUCUCACAACUCAACUAUAAACAAAAGGAUGGUUCAGUAGACACAUCAGUGUGUUCUACGUUGCUCACAUUCCUGCUACAGUUGCUGCAAGGUUCAGUGAAGACACAGCAACAAGUUUUACAUGGGAAAGGUUUCCUGGUUAUCGGCACACUGCUUGAACGAGCACAUAAAGAUCAUAUUACAAUGGAUGUUCUGAACACAAUCAUCUCAAUGGCAAAAUUUCUUGAUGAACUCGCAACAGGCUCAGCACUUAUGAGACAAUUCUGUGACUACAUCUUAUUUAACCCAGCCCUUUGGAUCCACACCAAACCAGUUGUACAAGUCGCCCUGUAUACCUACCUUGCUACUGAGUUUGUAUCCUCUCCCACAAUCCAGACCAAUUUACGCCGAGUCAGCACUGUUUUAUUGCUGAUUCAUGCUCUUAAACAUUACUACUGGGUGGAGAAUCCAUUACCGAGGUCUGGGGUUGUUCCCAAGGGUUUAGAUGGUCCUCGACCUUCCAAAGAUGAGAUACUUUCUUUGCGAGCGUUCAUUCUCCUUUUCCUUAAACAACUUGUCUCUCGGACGGGUAGCAUCUUAGAAGAUGAACUUCAAUCCAUACUAGGAUAUUUACUCACCAUGCAUGAGGAUGAAAACAUCCUCGAUGUUCUUCAACUUCUUGUUGCCAUGGUGAGCGAGCAGGGAGGAGCUGUUACUCCCGUGUUUGACCGGAGGAACGGGAUCGUGGUCAUCUUUAAACUCCUUGGAUCUCGGUCCGAGAACGUAAGAGUUCACGCUCUUAAACUGCUCGCUUAUUUCCUCAAGAAUCUUAGCCUAAAACGAAAGAAUGAAGUAAUGGAAUCACAAAGUCUCUUCAUGUUGGUUGGUGAAAGACUUCUUCUUUAUUCUGAUGAAUUCUCACUGACAGCUUACAAUGCAAUGUAUGAGGUCUUGGUGGAGGAACCAAGCACACAAGUGCUGCAGAAAACGCAUGCUGAACCAUCUGCUAAUACACUUAUCGGCAACCCAGUGAUGAUGAAGGUGAUCGCCACCAUCCUCCGACAGUGCUCCUCCUCCCACACGAUGGAGCUAAAGGUCACUUUCCUCAAUGACCUUCUGGUGCUCUUCCAGAUGAGCCGGGAUAAUCGCCGCAUCCUCCUCCAGCAGUCCGUGUGGCAGGACUGGAUGUUGGAGCUUGGUCAUCUGAGGCCAAACACGGUGCAGGAGCGGGAUUGUCAGGAACUCAUCUUCAGCAUCUUUAAAGUCCUCCUCUACCACGCGAUCAAACUUGAAUGGGGAGGUUGGAGGGUGUGGGUGGAUACACUUGCCAUUGUACACGCUAAGGUAUCUUUGGAGUCGCACAAGGAGUAUAUGGAGAAGAUGUAUGAGGAGUAUCAGAAUGCUGAGAAGGUGACAAAGAAGAGGGGAGGAGUUUCUGCGAUCACCGGAGCAAAGAAUCCCGAUGCAAGCCAACCUAAAGUUCAGGAAAUAGUAGAAGAUGAUCCUUCUUCUUUAUCUCCAUCUGUUGUGGUCGAAUCCAACAUGAAUCAGAUUCAAAUCGUGGUGGAAGAGGCAACUGCUAGCGAUCCUCCUGCUGAUGUUGCAGAAGAUGAAGGAAAAGAAGAAGCAAAAGGAGAAAAAGAAGUUGAAGAUGUGGAGGCUGAUAGUGAUGAACAGAAAGAGAAGAUCAAAGAUGAUGAAUGUGAUAAGGAAUCUUUAAAAGAAAAACCUGAGAGCGCAGGUGAAGAGCAAAGGUCAAAAGAUGAUAAAAAUGAAGAUGAAACUGCAGCAGAUGAGGAGCCAAGUAACGAGAUAAGUAAAGAGGAACAAAAUGAGGAACAGAAACUUAAUUCUGAAAAAUAUGAUGAUGAUAGUGAUCAUGUUGAUGAGGAAAACAAGGAAGAAGAUUCUGUUUCUGCUACCGAGAAAGAUCAAGAUCAUGAGGAGAGUGUUGAAGAGGAGGAGAAAUUGGAGGAAGAUAAGGAGAGCCAUUCUGAGGAUGUUGGGGGAAAUGAUGAUGAAGUGAAAGAAGAGGAUGUAAAAGAAGAAGUUUCAGAAGAAUCUGCUCCGGAGGACACUGAUGAGAAAGAUCAAGAUGGUUUAAAAAGUCCUCCUGUGGAAGCAGGUGAUGCCGUUGUCGAGAAACCUGGAGAAGAUCAACCUGAAGAAGAGGUUUUGGAAAACAAGGAGGAACAAAACAAAGAGCCUCCAAAUGUUGAUGAUGAACAAACAGAGGUGAAGAUUACUGAUGUAGUGGAAGAACAGGAGUCUACCAAAGAUGAGGAUGUUGUGAACAAAGACACAAGGGAAGAAGCAGGACCAUCAACAUCCAGAGCUGUGGAAACAGAUCAAGUUGAGGUCCCUGUGACUUCACAGCAGCAACAGUUCAGCCCUGGACCUCGCACCGUAGUUUUCCGUGUUCCGGAGUUCAACUGGUCUGAUGUGCAUUUGCGACUGCUCGACGACCUCUUCUCUUGCCUUGAGGUUGACAUUGAAAAUUGGAAAAGCACAAACAAGAUGGUUGAAUUGGUGAACAGCAGUGAUAACAUCAUCUUCGUGCACAACACCAUCCAUCUUGUGUCACAGAUGAUCGAUAAUGUGAUCCUCGCAUGUGGAGGAAUCCUCCCAAUCCUAUCAUCUGCAACAUCACCAAACUAUGAGUUAGAUGCUGUGGAAUCAGGGCACGGCCUCUCAAUGGAAUCCGCGUGGACAAUCCUCAAUCGACUUGCAGCGUUCACUGAUGUCCUCGCGUUUGCCACUAAUAUCAACUUCUCUGAGAUAGAGGGAGAAAAGAACAUGUCAAGUGGUGGAAUAUUACGACAGUGCUUGCGGACAGCAUGCAUGUGCGCUGUGCGUAACUGCCUUGAACUUCGUUACAUGAGGAAGUCUGUAAGUGUUCCUUCCACACCAAGUACAUCAAGCACCUCCCAACAUCCAAUAACACUAAAGCAGUUGUCACCAAAUAAGUCCGAAGAUGAGGGUGUGAUCUCGGCAACAGAGGCGGCUGAAAUUCUCCUCUCACUGAUGAACAAUGAUGCCACUCCAAUCCUUGACUCCCUGAAACUACUGCAAGAAACCGAUGUCAACAGACUUAAAGCAGCAAUUUACAGGGAUCUGGAUGACACAAAGCAAUCACAAUUCCUAGCAUUGGCGGUGGUAUACUUUGUGUCUGUGCUUAUGGUGUCAAAAUACAGAGACAUUCUUGACCCAGAAAGCCAUGAGAAGCUGCGACAAGCAACUGUUGCACGACGGAGUUCACCAAAGAAAGUAAAACUUGGAUCUGGUGCAUCUAUGCCUGCGGUGUCUAAACAAUCCGCUCAAGUGGGGCAAGAUGAGACACAUGAUGUACCUGCAGAUACGGUUGUCCUUAGCAACGGUCACGGAUCACCAGAAAUUGAUGAAAAAGUUGAAAUUAAUGCUGAAAGUGAAGAACUCAAUUCAGUUACUGAUGCAAAACCUCCAGAAAGUCCACCUGGUGAGCUCCCUGUAACAUCAACCAAUGUGCAGGACAUUUUACGAGAUCUGGCAAAGAGAAGUUACCCUGAUAGUUCUUCUUCCAUGGCCGUGCAUGAACGGGUCUCCCCUAAUGCUUUUCCCAUCCAGGUGACAUCAAUUCAAUCUCCGUAUCAAUCAUUUGACCGAAGCGUCGUCGUACAAUCAAAAACUGAGCAAAAAUCAGAACCAGCAGAAACACCAGCAACCAGCAGUGGUGAAAUACAGGAUAAAAACACCAUAUCGACCACCAUACCCACAGAUAUCACAAUGACAAAUGGUGAUACAUUGGACCACACAGAUCUUCCACAAAUUGAUCCAAACACAAUGAAUAUAAUACAGGAUGAUGCAGGUGAUGUUUCUUCUCGUCUCGAAAGAUCCAUGGAUCAACUUGCUCCUCUCCUCCGAGACAUCUUCCUCGACUUCUCGGGAUACCUCAGCAAGAUCCUCACUGGGAGCCACGGACAGGAACUCCUCGUGGAAGGUCUUGUGUGCAUGAAGUCUUACAGCUCAGUGGUUGAACUUGUGAUGCUACUAUGUUCACAGGAGUGGCAGAACUCCAUACAGAAGAAUGCGGGACUUGCGUUUAUUGAGUUGAUCAAUGAAGGAAGGUUGCUGUGUCAUGCCAUGAAAGAUCAUGUGGUUAGAGUAGCAAAUGAGGCGGAUUUUAUCUUGAAUAAACAGAGAGCUGAGGAUGUGAAGUGUCAUGCACAGUUUGAAUCCACAAGUGCAUUAUUUCUUGCUCAACAAAGAGAUGAAGAGAGACAAUGUGACUCCCUCAUAACCGCUGCCAAGCAUCGAGACCACGCACAAGCGCAUGCGCUCAAGAACCGAAUCACCAACAUACUCACCAACAAGUUGGGGGCUUGGGGUUCAGCAUUCGACAGACAAGCAAGUGAAUAUUGGAAGCUUGACUCGUGGGAAGAUGACACAAGACGACGACGAAGGUUUGUAAGGAAUCCGUACGGAAGUUCGCAUCCCAAAGCUACUCUACUAUCUCGGGCUGAACUAAACGCUGUACAAGACGCCGGCACCCCGGGUUCGCUUCCCAGGUCGCCUUCAACUUACAGCGCACACGGAGCGGAGCAGCUCACCGGUAACGAUGAUGACGUCAUUUCAACCGAUGACGUGGACCAGGAGGAAUUGCAAGGUCCAGUGUCGUUCAGCACCGAAGCUGACUUAAUCGCACCCGGCGUAAGUCUACACGGCACAUUCUCAAUCACUCCGGAUGAAUUUUACUUUGAAGUGAACGAACACCACGAGUCGUUCACCAAGGCCGACCAGAAGGUGUUGCUAUACACGGAUGGCAUUCAUGGAAAAUGGUUGUUUCAAGAAGUACGUGCCGUCUUCUCACGUCGGUAUCUCCUACAAAACACGGCACUUGAGAUUUUCCUUGCUAAUAGAACAUGCAUCAUGUUUAACUACCCUGAUGUUGAUAUAAUGAAGAAGGUGGUCAACUAUCUCCCUCGUGUGGGCAUUGGUACUGGCUGUGGACUUCCCCAAGCAAGACGUAUUUCACUUGCGAGUCCACGUCAGCUUCUCAAAUCAUCGAACAUGACGGAGAGAUGGCAAAGAAGGGAAGUUACCAACUUCGAAUACAUCAUGUUUCUCAACACAAUAUCAGGUCGAACUUUCAAUGAUUUAAACCAGUACCCAGUGUUUCCAUGGGUGAUUUCGAACUAUGAAUGUGACGAUUUGGAUUUAUCUUUACCAAGUAACUUCCGAGACCUUACCAAGCCUAUUGGAGCUUUGAACCCAAAGCGUUCGAGUUACUUUCAAUCAAGAUACGAGAGUUGGGAUGAUCCCACUAUACCAAAGUUCCACUAUGGAACUCAUUACUCCAAUGCUGCGUUUACUCUUGGUUGGCUUGUCAGAGUGGAACCAUUCACCACCAUGUUCCUCAACUUACAAGGAGGCAAGUUUGAUCAUGCCGACCGAACUUUUCACUCCGUGCAACAAUCAUGGAAAAAUUGUCAGCGUGAUUCUCAUGACGUGAAGGAGCUCAUCCCUGAGUUCUACUACCUUCCUGAGAUGUUCGUUAACAGCAACAACUAUGGACUUGGUAAAACAAGUGAUGGUGAAAGAGUGGAUGACAUCAAGCUACCCAAGUGGGCAAAAUCAGCUGAUGACUUUGUUCGAAUGAACAGAAUGGCAUUGGAAUCUGAGAUAGUAUCGUGUCAGAUCCAUCAAUGGAUUGAUCUGAUAUUUGGAUUCAAACAGCGAGGACCUGAAGCUGUUAGAGCAACCAACGUGUUUUACUACUUAACAUAUGAGAACAGUGUCGACCUAAAUCAAAUCACUGAUCCGGUAGAAAAGUCUGGAAUUCGUGAUCAGAUCAAAAACUUCGGACAAACUCCAUCUCAACUUCUGGCAGUUCCUCAUCCUCCACGUAGUUCAGCUAUGCAUAUGACCCCAAUGAUGUUCAAAGAGCCGGAAGCCCAAGAUGUAGUGAUGGUGCUUAAGUUUCAAUCCAACUCACCUGUUGUGUAUGUUGCUGCAAACACCCAUCCUAGUCUACAGAUACCUGCUGUAUUCACAUGCACAAAGAACCUACAGUUCUGCAUUAAUAAGUGGAAUCAGUUGCCGGAUGCAAAGUCAAGUGCGCCCUCUGCUGGUGAAUUAGACAAACCUAAACUUCUCCCGAUUGAACCAGACCCAAUGAUGAACUAUGGAGGCAGUUCUAUGAAACGUCAGAUCCAGGAAACACUGGACCAAAGUGUGGAGGUGCACCGUGGAUGUUUUGCGGUGACUGCUGAUAAUAAAUUCCUCCUCUCGUGUGGAUACUGGGACCGGAGUUUUAGAGUUGUUUUUACUGAGACAGGAGCUCUUCACCAAGUUGUGUUUGGGCAUUGGGACGUGGUCACGUGCAUUUCACGAUCUGAGACUUACAUUGGUGGUGAUUGUUACUUCGUGACAGGAUCACGUGAUGCAACACUCAUGUUGUGGUACUGGAGUGGCAGACGACAUCUUAUUGUGGGAGAUUCAAAUACUUUGAACGAGAACCCAACAGCACGAGCGACACUUACUGGACACGACACGGAGAUCACAUGCGCAGCUGUGUGCGCUGAACUCGGACUCAUUGCUAGUGGAUCAUUAGAAGGUCCCAUCCUCCUCCACACCAUCACUGGUGAUCUUCUGAGAUCUUUGGAACCAGAUCUUGCUCCUGACUCAGGGAUGCCAAGCUCCCCACAACCAGAGAUGAUUGUCUUCACGAGCGAGGGGAUGGUAAUCGCAUCUUAUAAACAAGGAUUGCUCUGCAACUUCACGAUGAACGGGAGGAAUCUCUCAUCGAAGAUGAUCGAUGAUAAUAUCAAGGGAAUGAUUGGAAGCAGCAACAGUCAGUACUUGGUGACUGGUGGUGAUAAGGGGGUUGUUCAAGUAUGGAGUGCAUGGGACUUCUCCCAUCUAUAUACUUUCCCACAGUGUGAUGCUGGUAUAAGAUCUAUCACGCUGUCACAUGACCAAAAAACGGUGAUCACUGGAAUGACGUCUGGAAGCAUUGUGGCUUUCCACAUCAACUUUAACCGUUGGCAUUAUGAGUAUCAGAACCAAACUAAAUGAUUUUCUAACCCGUGGUGCUUGUACAUACAUGUGGUGCUGCUACUAAACAAAAGCUUUUUGUGCGCGGCGUCGAAAAUUUAUCAUCUUAAAUUGCACUCGUUGCUAUCAUUUGGAUUAUUGUGUUCAAAACACUUUUAUUCUUGCUCAUUGUGUAUCUUGAUAAUUGAAUCAUAUUAUAAGUGUCAUUUGCUUUGGACCAAACUGUUUUGAAACAAAGACCAAAUAUUUAAUCAUGCAUAGCGGUACUUGAUAUUUGCAGCUUUUUUCUUCUAAUUAUCAGUGUGCGUCCUGUAAGCUUUAACCAAGUAAACUAUACUAUUACUACAAUAUAUAUAUAUGUGUACGAUAUAGAUUUAUUGCAAUAAUAAAAUAAUUACUUUA